AUGAGAUGUGAUGAUGAUGAUGAUGAUGAUGAUGAUGAUGAUGAUGAUGAUGAUGAUGAUGAUGAUGAUGAUGAUGAUGAUGAUGAUGAUGAUGAUGAUGAUGAUGAUGAUGAUGAUGAUGAUGAUGAUGAUUUGAAUGAUGAUGAUGAUUUGAAUGAUGAGGAUGAUUUGAAUAAUGAUGAUGAUGAUGAUGAUGAUGAUGAUGAAGGUGAUGUUGAUAAUGAUGAUGAUUUUGAUGAUGAUGAUGAUGAUGAUGAUGAUGAUGAUGAUGAUGAUGAUGAUGAUGAUGAUGAUGAUGAUGGAUGA